CGACCUGAUCACGUGCGAGUCUAAAGUUCAAGUAGUUGUUUCCCUAGUGAGUUACGUGGCACGUUCUCCAAUCGGAAAACGUAUUUGAGUUGGGAAGUAUAACAAAGUAUUUUAAUACUUUGUCAGUAAGUAGCUGUAAAAAUAAGGUCUCUGGGCUGCCAGGCCUUUGCGUUUCGCGGCCUCGCUUAAGCUAUUGCGAGUCACGUGAUAUGACAUCUCCUGUUUCUUCUUUUACAUAUUUCCCUGCAAUCUUUGAGCUUUGAGGCCUAACGCCAAAUUGUUUGAGAAUCCAUAAAAUUUUAUUUCAGAGAUCAAGAAUAAACCAGCCGGAUUCUAAAAGAUACAGCGUCGUUACCAGGAAUUGUUCCUCCUUUGGUUUCGUGAGGUGCGCGUGGAAUUGUGGGACACGUUUCGUGGUUUCCUUCCUUUCAAGCCAUCUCCCCUGUUUUCCGCUCCUUGUGGACUCGACAGGCCUAGCUGUGGAGAGACUAUUUAUUUUCAUCUACCAGGCGAGUUUGCGAAAUUUUUGUCGUUAUGAAUUGGGUCAUAAGACUAGUCAACGGCAGGAAGAAAAAAAAGUAAAUUGACAUCUCAGUAGAGCUUGAACCGGAAACGUUUGGAGCGGUUCUAUAGCGGAUCUCUUAUUAACAUUACAAAAAUAUAUACUUAUAUACUGACUAAUUUUACAAUUUUGCAUCGAAAACAUUAGACCUCCAGUUUAAUUUCUGGACGUUUCGUGCCAGUUCAAGGCGAAGUACGUGACUGUUUAAGAAAGGAACCGGGUUGGGGGGAGGGGAUAUUACUGUGAAAGUUGCUAUGGAAUUUUCAGUCCACCUCAGACACGAGCAUAUCAAUUUCGAGAAAAUUGGGCGCGCCUGUUACGCUUAAACUUGUAACUGCGACUAAGUAAGUAACAAGCUAAGUUAUCAUUUGUCUGAGUUCGCGAAGUAGAAAUGUCCAGAACUGGAUUGGCAUUUUCUGGCGGUGGCAUCCGGUCAGCGGCCUUCUGCUCUGGAGUCCUGCGCAGAUUGCUACAGCGAGAAGUGAAGGUCGACUGCCUGAGCUGCGUGUCAGGGGGCGGUUACACAGGUACGGCUUACCUGGACUGGAAAUACAGGCAUGGAAAGGAGGACGAUCCGAAAUGGCAUCAAGAGUUCUUCAACUAUAUGCGCGCAAGGGCAGGCUACUAUUGCAACUGGCAGAGGCCAUUUAUUGCCGUAUUUGACUCAUUUCUCAUAAUUGCUCUGCUGAUCCUGGUGUCUUUGAUCACCCCCAUCUUAGUCUGGAUGACAGUGGCAUGUCCAAUGGCAUACCUUAUCGAUUUUCUGGUUGGAGAUCUGUUACGCACUGAGGGAUGCACUGGAAACGAUACAGCAUUUGAGGCCGUGAACGGCCAUGAAUGCCAUGUAGAAGGAGGUGCUUACACAAAAGUUGUGCUGUUUGCAAGCCUAUUGGCCAUUACUGUUUUAAGCUUCAUCUUACAGAAUAUCUUAAAGCAAGGGAAAGGUCUUUUAAGGUUCGUAUCAAUAUCAUCGCUGGCGAUUUUGGCGCUGCUCUUCUUUCCGUGGGCCAUUCACGUAUUGCUGGAAGGGACCCCUCUCUGGGCACAACUGCUGAUUCUUGUACUCUCAGCCAUCAUCUGGUUCAGUAUCCCAGUGUUUCGUCAACAAGCUUCCCUCAUCAUGGUGGUGUACGCUUAUUCGUUUAUCAUCCACAAACGUGUCUAUAAACAUUCCCUCUUCGGCCUGGAGUACUCUGAAUACAACUUUGUAAUGUUCGUGUGGGUAUCUGGUAUAUUGCUCGCGUUUGUGCCUUAUCUGGGAUCAAUACAACAACGGCUGAUGCACGUAUUUAACAGGUGGCGUCUACAGAAGGCGUUCCACACACCUGAGAGCGUGGGCAUGACCGGUUGUUCAGGCAUUGGCUGUCAUGAUCUGAUCAUCGGCUAUCCUCGGUUCAGCUCUCGCUCCCCAAUUGAGCCUUUAACCAUGGCUCAUCUUGAAAACAUACCGCCGUUUUACAUCAGUAACACGACUGUGAAUUCGUGGAGGAGAACUCCCGAGGAUAAAAGACCUUUUGAGCUGCUAACAAUCACCCCACGAGAAAUCCGACGGAUUGACAGCCCAUACGAAGAAGAUGUGUUCUUGGGAAAGCUGGAACCGGAGGAUAUAAGACUGUCCGAAGCCAUGGCGAUGUCUGCGGCUGCACUUACACAACAGAUGGGUAAAUAUAGUUGCUUGGAUGUGUAUACAGACUUGAGGAUUGUUCUGGGGGUCGCAUUUGGAGGGACGAUUUCGUCAGAUCCUCGCGGAAAACGGAGGCAAAACUGCUGCCUACAAGUAAGUGACUUCAAGGUGGCUGGCAGCGGCUAAAGCAC